GUAGUCCCAGGAGUGUCUGCUCUCUCAGCUGUUGAUUAAUCACAGCCAGAGACAGAUGUGAUGGAUCUUCUACUGAAGACAGACCUGAGGAGAAUGAACUGUCUGAAGUUUGGCUGGUAACAGAGCAGUUGAUAGAACAUGGCUUCCCUGGACUUUAGGAUAUGCUGCAUGGAUGUCUUGUGUUGGUUGCUCUGUCUCCAGUUCUUCAGCAUGGGGAUGGUUGCUCCUCAGAGUUGUGAGUUAGUCACUGAUUCUGGAGUGCUAAAAUUUGACACGCUAGAAAAUGAUCAAAAUAGUUCUAUGAUGAGGCAAGAUUCUGGUGGACUGAUCCCACUCUAUAGGAUGCAAAGAUUGUUUCUAAAUACUGUCCAGCCCAACUCCUUUCCAAAAGAAUUAAUGCGUUCAGUAUUACAAAAUUCCUCAACUUUGGAAACAUCACAGAUUGUGAAGUAUGAAGCGGGUUAUGUGACCUGUGCUGUCAUUGCCAUCCUUUACCUCAUUUUCAUGCUGGCGUUUGGGUUAACGUUCUGCAUAUUCCAGUGUCGUUCACGAAGGGUCCUCCCGUGUGAAGGAGGCAUCUGCCAGCCAACUCCUAUAUACGUGCUGCUCCUGUGCACAUUCUGCUUGUUGUUUGCUGGAAUAGUCUGUACUUUCUACUUGAACCAGAAGACACAUGAAGAGGUUGGCAGGGGUGUGCAGGACUUGACGAGAAUCAUGCAGAACUUUCGGUCUUCUGUAAGCAGCAUACCACAGGCCAUCAAUAAAGUGGUUUCAGACUAUUCGAUCCCGAAAUCCAGAGUUUUUGCUGAUUUACAGAGCUUCACUCCAGCUGUGAAUGAGACUGUGAAUGCCAGGCUGAAUAACGAGAUUCGCCCUCUCAUAGAAGACGGGCUCCAGACAACAAGAGAUCUGGAAAGGGCAGUUCAGAUAGUAGUGGAUGUUAACAUGACUCUGAUGAACCUGCAAAGAAAAGAAAGGGAACUUUUGGCCACGCUGAUUAGUCACAAAGAUAAUCUACUAGCAAUUUUAUCAGAGCCAAGCUGUGAGGACUGCAGCGAUGCUGCCAGCAUUAUACAAAAUGUGCAGCUGAACCCGAACCAGAGCCAGGUUCCUUCUAUUUCUUUGGAUAAAUUAGUCAAUGUGAGAAAAGUCAAUCUACCUGGGAUUUUCCAGAAGGCACUUCAAGUUUCCAACGAUAUGCCAAAACUCGUGACCACUCAGGCUGACAAAAGUUUUACUGAUAUUAGGUCUGCCUUGAAUAAUGCAGAACAAGAAAUUCAAUCCUAUGCAAGCAAAAUCCCCAUUCUACGAUAUAUUGACCCUAUAGAUAGAGAGGUACUAAACAUUCAACUAAAGAUUGAAAUGUAUGGCCAUGAAGCAGAACGCUACGAAUACUACAGAUGGGUAGUAGGUAUUGUCCUGUGCUGUAUCCUGCUCUUGAUAGCCAUUUGUACUGUGCUGGGGCUACUUUUUGGACUUUGGGGCCUCUACUUAUUGCGGGAUCCUGAGAGCAGCAGACUGAGGAGAAGAGAUGGAGCUGGAUUCCUCUUAAUUGAGCUAUAUCUCUCCCUUAUCUUCUCCUGGUUGAUCAUCCUUUUCGUAUUCAUCACCUUCCUGGUUGGAGGAAAUGUACAGACCCUCGUGUGCAAACAUUGGGCCAAUGGGAAUAUUUAUAGGUUCCUGGAUGAUCCAAACAAUCUACCUCAGGACAUUAAUUUGAAAAAACAACUUGGGCUCAGAGAAAAUUCCAACAUCACUGACAUGUAUAGACAGUGCAAGGGUGGUGCCCCAAUAUGGAAUGUUAUUGAUCUUAAUCCCAUUGACUUGGAUAGCAUCUUGAACAUUUCUCAGUACACAGGAGAACUACAGAAGCAGAUAGACAACUUCAAUGUGAAUGUUCCUGGACUAGACAUGCUCUCCAAUAUUGCAAUACUGGUUCUGCAAGACUAUAACAACAGUGGAUUGAACCAAGUGCCUCUGACUAGCAUUUUAGCACAGAUAAAAGAACCUCCUUUCAUUCUUGAAGUUGCCAAAUUUAUCCCACUCCUGGAAAGUCUUGCCUCUACCCAGAGUAACGCGACCAUAAGAAGUGAGCUUGAGAAAGAGGCAGCUGCUCUGAGAGACAUACAAAAUGCCACCAAACAAGAUCAAGAGUCCAUCAUGGGGAAGUUAAACAGCAGUGUCCAAACUUUGGCUGUGUUGGCUCCUAAACUUCAAGUUGGGAUACAACGUACAGUGCAAAAUAUCUACACACUCAGAGGACCGUUGAUUCAGGGAACAAUUGGUCAGCUGAAGAAUGAGACCAAGUGUCUGCUCCAUCACGCUAUAGGAUACUUUUCCCAAUACAUUGACUGGGUGAAGCAUACCAUCACAAAUAAUGUCGCCUCCUGCCGUGCGGUGUCCACAACACUUGACAAUUCUCGCACUGUGCUGUGCAAUCAUGUGACGGACCCCUGGAAUGGCUUUUGGUUUUGUCUUGGUUGGAGCGCUAUUCUCCUGAUUCCUAAUAUAUUAUUGAGUAUUAAAGCUGCACAGUAUAUUGCACCCAAGUCUCCAAUAUCUAUGACCUAGACCGCCAUCUUUGCCUCCUAAUUUCUCUGCUCUACCUGCAGAGCUGUAACCCCUGAAGAGGAGAACCUAUUUCCACUGACUACUCUUGCAGAGCUUGCUGAUUCUGACCUCCGGAGGGAUAGUUCUUAAAUGAGUCUGGAAGGUAAAGACUCCAUGGUAAUCCUGUGGUGGAGUCCGAGUCAUCGAAGUUGGAUCAUAGAUCUUAGAAAUUUGUUUACAAGAGAUAAACUAUGCAAUAAAGGGGCAGUAUGGAGCAGAAAAGUAUGAUAUCAGGUACAAAUGCCAUUCAAGUGUAAUUGACUAUUCACCGUUCAUUGCAAGUCUUAAGUGGUGAAAAACAGAACAUAUGCCAGUAUGAAUGGCUUAGAAACAUCAGGACUGGAUUCUCGAAAAUUCCUUGGCCAUGUGACAAAUCGCAUACAGACAUCAAUAGUUAUGUGGACCAGAAUUGUGAUUAAUGGUGUUGUCUACUUUGGACUAUUCAUUAUACGGGUCCUACAAGAAGAAGCGUGUAACAGUUCUACUGCUUAGACCCCUGACAUUCAGCUGUAACAUCUGGGGGAAUCCGGUAGCAAAUGUUUAAGUCCCCUGCAGCACCCCUGCAGGAAGAGUGAAUUAUUUGACUGUUGAUAUUGAAAUCAGUGUGUUAUCUACGUAAUAGAAACAUACAUAGAAACAUAGAAUGUGUCGGCAGAUAAGAACCAUUUGGCCCAUCUAGUCUGCCCAAUGUA